GAACCAUCCGAAUUUUCCCAGAAUGCAACGCCCGAACCUGUUAAAGAUCCCUCCUCAACUUGACAAAACUAGGAAUACAGAUGAUUUAUUCCCUUAAAACAGUUAAUUCCCAUCAUCAUCAUCUUCCCUCUUCUUCCCUAAAAUAUCUCUUGCAAUUCCAUUUUCUGUCAAUACUAUGAACCCCUCUUCCAUAAAAACCACCUCCAGAAACAGUUGAUGUCCAUAACACAACACUAAGGUAGUCCCUUAGUACAACAACAAACAUUUGUUCAUUCAUUCGAGUUCAUUACAUCUUAGGGAUCAAAGAAAGGGGAGGGCAGAUACGAAAGGACCCACAUCAGUUAAAUGGCCUCGGCUUUGGCAGGGGACGAUCUGGCGCGGACGCUGAGCAGCCGGUCGAUGAGCGGGCGCUCCUUGAGCCGUCGGGGCAGCAUUGGUUCCGCCAGUGGGAGGAACUGGGCCUCAACGAGCUUCCGAGAGGUGUGGAGCACCCAGGGCGAUGUGUUCCAAAAGAAUGGGAGGGAGGACGACGAGGAGGAGCUCAAGUGGGCUGCCAUCGAGCGCCUCCCGACGUACGACCGCCUCAAGAAGGGGAUGCUAAGGCAGGUCCUGGACAACGGGAGGGUUGGGUAUGAGGAGAUUGACAUUACAAACCUUGACGUGCAAGAGAAGCAACAUCUUAUGGAAAACAUAUUGAAGGCUGUGGAGGAGGACAACGAGCGCUUCCUUUACCGGCUUCGAGAAAGAACCGACAGGGUAGGAAUUGAAAUCCCAAAAAUUGAAGUUCGGUUCGAGCAUUUAUCAGUGGAAGGAGAUGCUUAUGUUGGGACAAGGGCACUACCGACUUUGAUUAAUUCUUCCUUGAAUGCAAUAGAAGGAGUCCUAGGGAUGAUUAAGCUCAUCCCAUCGAAGAAACGAGUCGUUAAGAUACUUCAGGAUGUGAGCGGCGUAGUGAAACCGUCAAGAAUGACACUUCUCUUGGGUCCUCCUGGGUCGGGGAAGACCACAUUGCUCCAAAGCCUUUCGGGGAAGCCCGAUAAGGGCCUUAGGGUAUCAGGAAAAAUCUCAUACUGCGGUCAUGAUCUCUCUGAGUUUUUUCCUCAGAGGACAUGUGCUUACAUUAGCCAGCACGACCUCCACCACGGGGAGAUGACGGUCAGAGAGACUCUAGACUUCUCAGGUCGGUGCUUGGGGGUCGGGACAAGAUACGAACUCUUAGCAGAGCUCUCAAGGCGAGAAAAGCAGGCGGGAAUUAAACCUGACCCUGAGAUUGAUGCCUUCAUGAAAGCCACCGCAAUGGCGGGUCUGGAAACUAGUCUAGUGACUGAUUAUGUUAUCAAGAUUCUCGGGUUAGAUAUCUGCGCGGAUAUUAUGGUGGGUGAUGAGAUGAGACGAGGCAUUUCAGGUGGCCAAAAGAAGCGUGUAACCACCGGGGAGAUGCUGGUGGGGCCAGCAAAAGCUCUGUUCAUGGACGAGAUAUCCACAGGGCUUGACAGCUCGACAACCUUCCAGAUUGUCCGAUUCAUGAGGCAGAUGGUCCAUAUAAUGGACGUGACCAUGGUAAUCUCCCUCCUGCAGCCUGCCCCAGAGACUUUUGAUCUGUUUGACGACAUCAUCCUGCUCUCUGAAGGAAAAAUCGUAUACCAUGGCCCCCGAGAGAAUGUCCUUGAAUUCUUCGAGAGUGUGGGCUUCAAGUGUCCUGAGAGGAAAGGAGUCGCUGAUUUCUUGCAGGAAGUGACCUCUCAGAAGGACCAGGAGCAGUACUGGUGCCAAAAAGACAUGCCUUACCAGUAUGUCUCCGUGCCCCAGUUUACGGACCAUUUCCGUAGGUUCCAUGUGGGGAUGAAAAUGCAUGAGGAGCUAUCAGUUCCGUAUGACCGGUCCAAGGCCCACCCGGCAGCACUGGUGAAGGAGAAGUACGGGAUACCAAACUGGGAACUCUUUAAGGCGUGCUUCGCCCGGGAGUGGCUCUUGAUGAAGAGGAACUCAUUUGUGUACAUAUUCAAGACAGUGCAGAUCACCAUCAUGUCAAUCAUUGCAAUGACCGUUUUCCUGAGGACAGAGAUGAAGUCCGGGACAGUCGAUGAUGGGGGCAAAUUCUACGGCGCUCUCUUCUUUAGCCUCAUCAAUGUGAUGUUCAAUGGGAUGGCUGAGCUUGCGAUGACCAUAUUCAGGCUCCCCGUCUUUUUCAAGCAGAGGGAUUUCUUGUACUAUCCUGCUUGGGCUUUUGGGUUACCAAUCUGGCUCCUUAGGAUUCCCGUCUCGCUGAUGGAGUCGGCGAUUUGGAUCAUUCUUACAUAUUACACAAUUGGUUUUGCCCCAUCAGCCAGCAGAUUUUUCAAGCAGCUUUUGGCAUUCUUUGGGGUACACCAGAUGGCUCUUUCACUCUUCCGUUUCAUUGCUGCGCUAGGGAGAACACAAGUGGUGGCGAACACGCUUGGAACCUUCACGUUGCUAGUGGUUUUUGUCCUUGGUGGAUUUAUUGUCGCCAAGGAUGAUAUUGAACCCUGGAUGAUAUGGGGAUACUACGUUUCUCCGAUGAUGUACGGACAGAACGCCAUAGUCAUCAAUGAAUUCCUUGACAAGAGAUGGAGCACACCCAACAACGACCCGAGACUCUCUGAGCCCACAGUGGGAAAAGUGCUUCUCAAGUCUAGAGGCAUGUUUGUGGAGGACUAUUGGUACUGGAUCUGUAUUGGUGCACUCUUCGGGUUCUCUCUGCUCUUCAACAUUUGCUUUAUCGCGGCCCUGACCUACUUAAAUCCUUUGGGGGAUACUAAGUCCAUUAUCUUGGACGAGGACAAUGCUGCUAAGGGCAAAAAUAAAUUUUCUCCGGGCAGUCAGAAGAAAAUGGCAGACAUGGAAGUUAGCACAGCAUCUACUGCACCUUUUUUUGAAGGUAUAGAUAUGGCAGUUAUGAACACACCAGAGACCCAAAAACGGGGUGGGGCUGCCAUGGUGCAAGCGAGCUCUACGAGGGGAAUGGUGUUGCCAUUCCAACCUUUAUCUCUCGCAUUUAGUCAUGUGAAUUACUAUGUCGAUAUGCCUGCUGAAAUGAAGAGCCAAGGAGUCGAAGAGACCCGCCUGCAACUGCUACGAGAUGUCAGUGGAGCUUUUAUGCCUGGAACACUGACGGCACUGGUCGGUGUUAGUGGGGCUGGAAAGACAACCUUGAUGGAUGUCUUGGCCGGACGAAAGACCGGUGGAUACAUUGAAGGAAGCAUUAGUGUUUCAGGCUACCCGAAAAACCAGGCAACAUUUGCUCGGGUCACAGGUUAUUGUGAACAGAAUGACAUACAUUCUCCCAAUGUUACAGUCCACGAGUCACUCGUGUACUCUGCUUGGUUGCGUCUGCCAAGGGAUGUCAACAAGGAGACUAGAAAGAUGUUUGUGGAGGAAAUCAUGGACUUGGUCGAGUUACACCCAUUGCGGAACUCUCUGGUGGGCUUACCGGGUAUCGACGGCCUCUCAACAGAACAAAGGAAGAGACUCACAAUAGCAGUUGAGCUUGUAGCAAAUCCCUCUAUAAUCUUCAUGGAUGAGCCAACCUCGGGCUUGGAUGCCCGAGCUGCUGCAAUUGUCAUGCGGACGGUAAGGAACACUGUCGAUACCGGAAGAACCGUUGUGUGCACAAUUCACCAGCCGAGCAUAGACAUCUUUGAAGCCUUCGACGAGCUUCUGUUGAUGAAGAGAGGAGGACAAGUCAUUUAUGCAGGGCAGUUGGGUCGGCAUUCGUGCAAACUCGUUGAGUAUUUCGAAGCUAUUCCAGGAGUUCCCAGGAUCAGAGAAGGCUACAACCCAGCAACAUGGAUGCUCGAAAUCUCUUCCACUGUCUCGGAGUCCCAGCUCGAAGUAGACUUUGCAGAAAUAUAUGCCAACUCCGAACUGUACAAGAACAAUCAGAAACUCGUCGAAGAACUGAGCACACCGGUCCCAGGAAGCAGCGAUCUUUACUUUCCGACGAAAUAUUCUCAGUCUUUUCUCACACAGUGCAAAGCUUGCUUUUGGAAACAGCACUGGUCCUACUGGAGGAACCCGCAGUACAAUGCCAUCCGAUUCUUCAUGACAAUUGUGAUCGGAGUUCUCUUCGGACUGAUCUUCUGGAAAAAAGGGGAUAAAACAGAAAAAGAGCAAGACUUGUUGAAUCUCUUGGGAGCUAUGUAUUCUGCCGUGCUCUUCCUCGGAGCCACCAACACUGCGGGAGUUCAGCCCAUUGUCGCAAUUGAGAGAACAGUGUUUUACCGGGAGAGAGCUGCAGGAAUGUAUUCUGCAUUGCCCUAUGCAUUUGCUCAGGUGGCUAUAGAAGUGGUAUACAAUGCGAUCCAAACGCUGGUUUAUUGUAUCCUCCUCUACAACAUGAUGGGGUUUAAUGGAUCAUUUGGCAAGUUCUUGUGGUUCUACUACUACAUCUUCAUGUGCUUCGUCUACUUCACGCUGUACGGGAUGAUGAUUGUCGCUCUGACUCCGAGCCACCAGAUUGCUGCUAUAGUCAUGUCCUUCUUCCUCAGCUUUUGGAACCUAUUCUCAGGUUUCCUCAUUCCGCGAACGCAAAUCCCGGUGUGGUGGAGGUGGUACUACUGGGCAUCUCCAGUGGCAUGGACGAUAUACGGGCUGGUGACAUCUCAGGUAGGCGACAAGACCAACCCUGUGUUUGUCCCUGAGCACGUCGGCUCCAUUUCCGUGAAGGACUACCUUAAGGAGACCAAAGGCUUCGAGUACGACUUCCUCGGGGUUGUAGCACUCGCCCACAUCGGGUGGGUUGUCCUCUUCUGCUUCGUGUUUGCUUAUGGCAUCAAGUUCCUCAACUUCCAGAGAAGAUGAAGCAACACGAAUUCAUAUCCCAAAGAAAACGUAGUUUUCUCGUCUCUUCUUCUCCUUUUGGCUGCGAAGAAGAAAAUGUAUUGGGUGCUAUUCUUUUAUGGAAUAAUCUAUAGUUUCGAAUGCCGAAUUCUGUGAUGAAUCUUCCCAUCUCGCAACUCUCAUCCACUGUUUCAGUGAUUAUAUCCCAUCUGAAGGAUGGGGCGGAUCAUUCUUUUCCAUCGGAUUUAAUCAUUAAUUCGUUAUUUGAGCAGAUAAUUACAGAACCUCAAAACAGAGAUGCUCUUUAGACCAGCAAUUGCACAG